AGGGUGUGUGUAGUAUGGCAUGAAAAUGCAUGGGAAAUGUCAAUCAGUGAAAAACAAAUGUUUAUGGUUUCCUAACCUAAAAAUUUAAAUAAAAGUUGUGAUGCGAUUGUAUUAAUUUUUUGUGUAAAAAUGAAAAUGGAAGAGGAAAUUUUAAAACAUGGAUUAAUGAUUAAACGCUCCCUUAACAAGAAAAUUUAUACUCCUAUAAAUUAUCGACAAAGGUGGUUUACAUUAACAAGAAAAUUCCUCAUUUACUAUGAUACAGAAAAUGAAGAGAAAAGAAAAGAACGUGGUCGAAUCGAACUCGAACUAGUUCAUACGGUCGAGGUGGCUAUUAUCGCGGGAAAUACCGAAGAGAAUCGUCCUCAAGGAAUAUCAUAUCCUUUUCAGAUUGGUUACCAAGAAUCCGGUCAAGAUUAUAUUCUUUACGUUUUGGCACCAACUGAAAAGGAUCGCACCGAAUGGAUAUGGGCCGUACGACUGGCUUGCAGAUUUAAUAAGUGCUUAAGAGGAAGGUAUCAUCCUGCAAUUUGGAACGGUAAGAAGUGGACCUGCUGCAAAAGUUCGACACGUAGUACCCUAGGCUGUGAAAAUAGUAGUACGUGGAUUGCCUUUGUCGAGGAAAGCGAAACCAAUAAAGAAAAUCGGAUUGCAAGUGCUCAAUCCAGUCCUAUCAUGCCUGGGGGGACAACUCCUGGUACUCCUUCAUCAAAGCAAAAAGAAAAAUCGUCAGUCAUUCGAUCAAAAGUCGUGGUGGCUUUGUACAAUUACAAAGCGAUAGAGCCGGGGGAUUUGUCUUUGGAAAAGAAUGCAGAAUAUGAAGUUAUAGAUGACAGUCAAGAACACUGGUGGAAAGUGAGAGAUGCUCAGGGAAAUAUUGGCUUUAUACCCAGUAAUUAUGUGAAAGAAAAAGAAUUACUGGGUCUACAGCAGUAUGAUUGGUAUGUUAAUGACAUGUCUCGACAAAGGUCAGAAUCUUUGCUGAAGCAAGAAGAUAAAGAGGGCUGUUUUGUUGUUCGAAAUUCUUCUACGAAAGGGCUGUACACAUUAUCUUUAUACACUAAAAAUCCCCAUCCCCACGUCAAACACUACCAUAUUAAACAGAAUUCGAAGGGAGAGUAUUAUUUGUCUGAAAAGCAUUGCUGUGCAAGUAUCCCAGAUCUCAUUAAUUACCAUCGACACAAUAGUGGAGGUUUAGCGUCUAGAUUAAAAGCGAGUCCCUGUGAUAGAUCAGUUCCUGCCACUGCAGGACUUAGUCAUGAUAAAUGGGAGAUCGAUCCCCAGGAGCUUAUGCUAUUAGAAGAACUAGGAUCUGGCCAGUUUGGUGUUGUAAGAAGAGGAAAAUGGAGAGGCUCGAUAGAUGUAGCUGUUAAAAUGAUGAAAGAGGGUACCAUGUCGGAAGAUGAUUUUAUAGAAGAAGCCAAAGUUAUGACAAAAUUACAACAUACGAACCUUGUGCAACUUUACGGCGUAUGCAGUAAAAAUCGACCUAUAUUUAUUGUCACGGAAUAUAUGCGGCAUGGCUCGUUACUGAAUUAUUUACGUAGACAUGAACAAUCACUUGUUAGUAACCAGGGUUUGCUUUUGGACAUGUGCAUACAGGUAUGCAAAGGAAUGGCUUAUUUGGAAAGGCACAAUUAUAUCCACCGAGAUUUAGCGGCAAGAAAUUGUUUGGUGGGUUCGGAAAAUACUGUUAAAGUGGCGGAUUUCGGUCUGGCAAGGUACGUUCUCGACGAUCAAUACACUUCAUCCGGCGGAAGUAAAUUUCCGAUCAAAUGGGCUCCCCCCGAAGUGCUCAAUUAUACCAGGUUCUCAUCCAAAUCGGACAUUUGGGCGUACGGGGUGCUUAUGUGGGAGGUCUUCACUUGUGGGAAAAUGCCUUAUGGCAGACUAAAAAAUGCCGAAGUCGUAGAAAGGGUCCAGAAAGGCCUGAUUUUAGAAAGACCUAAGAACUGUUACAAGGAAGUAUAUGAUAUCAUGCGGAAGUGUUGGAGUCCAGUUCCCGAAAAUCGACCCUCAUUCAGGGUUCUAAAGGAACAACUUAUUAGUGUAGCUCAAGGUCUACUGGUCGAUUGACUGGCCCAUAUGCUCUGCGCAACUGACGGCUGUACGUCGUCAUCGGCGUCCAAUUGCGAUACAUGUAGCAAUUACGAGCAGGCCGUGAUAAAUAUUUGCGAUACUUUGCGUAGAAACACUUUGAAAAAAGUGACGAAAAACACGAAAGUGUAAAAAAGUCACCAAUACGCUCGUUAAUCGCGCUGAUAACCACUGCCACGCUAGCAGACGUAAAUGCAGCAUGAUUCAAAUUCCGUUUGUCUGAAAACUUACAAUUUUUCCUGAAGUCAACAAUUAGGCUCGAAGUAGUGAAAAUGUAGUAAAAUGUAAAUUUGGAUCAGUCUGCAAACAUGCAAGUCCUUUAUAGAUAUAGAGUAUCAAAGAAUGGAAGAUUAAGACAAAAAAGGCAAUUAUUGAAUUUAUAAGGAUAUAAAAAUUUAAUUCAGUGUAAGUUUAAUUAACUGAAACUUUCGAGUUUUAUGAUAAUUUUACGUUAUCGUACAUAUUUGAUAUACAUUUCAAUAAAAACGACUGAUUUUAAUAAUGUGGGAACACAAUAAAAUAAAGUGUUGAUGACUGCAACCGCCAUAAAAUUUAAGGCGAGUUUUAAAUAGCACUUUUGUCUAAUUAAUUUUUCAUGUCCAUAACAUAAAUAAAAAGUAAGAUAAUCUUUUUUCAACGCUAAAAUACAAAUUUAGACCAAACUUGCUUAAAAUCCAAUAUGAAGAAGACUGCAGGAAUUUGAACUGACUUAUAUAGUUUUAAUACUUUUGGUAUUUGUAAUUAUGAUAACUUGGUGAAGCAACAUUAUAGGUUGUGAUAGUUGCGUGAAACAAUAGCGUAUUAUUAACGAACCUUAUCGAUUCUCCAUAUUCCCCUGAAGAAUUUACCUGGUAAUUAUUAACCCUUAAAAAAAGCCUUACAAUGGAACAGAAAACAUAAUAAUGUAGUUUUGUCAUUUACAGCCGAAAGAUUUCCAAUUAAUUUGGGAAUAACGAUUAAGACUCAUUUUUUAAUAGCUUUCAUAAUAAUUGAUUUACGACGAAAGUAAUUUCGUUAAAAAAUAGUGCAUUUAACGUUUAACUUCAAUGAAAUAAGUAACGAUUAAUCGUUAGUUGCAGUGCUUAUUUCUAUAUUUAUUUAUUUAAGAAAGACAUUUACAAAUAAACGGAUAUCUUUAAAAUCCUUUAAUUUUUAAAUGAUUUCUUUAAAUUGACUAUUGGUAGUGUAAAUAACUUAUUCUCAUCUAGAUUAUAAAAAGUGAUAUUUUAAUCGUAGUUUUGUGAUAUUUUAGUUUUAUUUAAUACAAGGUGAUUCAUUUUUACGAUGUGACAUUAAAAUCUUUAUUAUUAUGAGAAAUACUUACCAUUUUCUUCAAAAAAGAUAUUAAAGGCGUUUAUUUUAAUAGUGAGGGUGAAGAUCUUGUAAGGUCAGUUUUAAAUAUAUAAUUUUUAUUGGUACUUUGUAGUCCACAUUUUUUUUUUUUCACAAAUUUAAAUCACCCUGUACAUGUAUUUAGGCGUGCUGAAUAACUCAGCACUGUAAAUUAGAAAAUUAUUUUUUGUAGUGCAUAGUUAAUGAAUGGAAAUCUCACAAAUGAGUAGCAAAUAAAUAUUUAAAUGUUGAAAACUGGUAGUUCUAAAUGAGGCAGAAAAUUUUCCACCGUUGUCAUACAGGGAUCCAAAAUGUUUUUGUACUAAAUAUUAGCAUGAAUGUAACGUUAGAAACUUUUGUGUAUACAUUUAAAA